AUGACAAAAGAAUUAUCGUUCCAAGAUUUUAAAGUGCCUGUACCCGGUUUCGGCUGCAUGUCAUUCGUUCAUCCGGACGCGAACGACGAAGAAAGUUUAAAAGUUUUACGUCGUGUGAGAGAAUCUGGAUGUACUUUUUGGGAUACCGCCGCUGUUUAUGGAUUAGGUUCUAACGAAAGUUUAUUAGGAAGGUUUUUCAAGGAAGAGAAAGUACCGCUUGAGGAGAUUUUUUUGGCAAGUAAAUGUGGAUUUGAUAUAAGAGGAGACGUAACGAAUUCACCUGAACAUAUACGUUCUACACUAGCAUCUUCCACGGAAAGACUUGGUAGAGCUCCCGAUUUGUAUUAUUUACAUAGGAUCGAUCCGAACACUCCUCUGGAACAAAGUAUCACUACUUUGAAAGAAUUGAAAGAUGAAGGGAAAUGUAGGUAUAUAGGUUUGAGUGAACCUAGUGCUGCGACUUUGAGAAAGGCGUGUUCUAUCGCUCAUAUCGACGCUAUCCAAAUCGAAUAUUCUCCUUGGUUCACAGACCACGAAACAAUAACGAACCUAAUCCCUACCGCAAAAGAAUUAAACGUCACAAUCAUAGCUUAUUCACCACUAGGUAGAGGUGUUUUAACUGGGAAAUAUCGUGAUACUUCAAAAUUCAAAAAAGAUAUAAGAGCGACUAUACCUAGAUAUAACGAAGAGAAUUAUGAGAAAAAUUUGAAAUUAGUAGAUGAAUUUGGGAAAUUAGCCGAAAAGAAAGGUUGUACUGCUGGUCAAUUAGCUAUUGCUUGGGUUAUGAAAAAAGGUUUCAUACCUAUUCCUGGAACUAAGAAUAUAGAUAGGUUUGAAGAGAAUUGGGGUUCAAGGGAAGUUGAAUUGAAUGAAAAUGAUUUGAAAGGGAUUGAAAUGGUUGUUGAAGGUUUCAAACCUGUUGGUGAUAGAUACAACGAAGACGGUCUUUCCAAAGUCGGCAGGUGA